UUGCUUUUCUCAUCGUCAGCAUAGAAAUCAAAUUUGAAUAAAAUUUCUAAAUUUAAAUAAAGUUUUCUUGGAACACACCUAACAAUCAUCGAAAUCAAUAAAAGCCAUGGAGGAUGACCUGGAGUUUCUUAUCAACGCCCUGUCGGUGCCAAACACUCCACUCACCGAACCCUACGAUGAGGUGCAGCUUCUGGAGAUGCGUGAAUCCUUCAAGGCGCUGCAGAAGAUCCUGCGGCGCAGUUCCCUGCCCGUGGAGGAGAGUCUGCGUUCCAUGCCGAGAUCGAAAGCUGGCGGACAUCUGGAGGCAUUGCCAUCCAUGCUGCCUAUUAUGGACAGCAAUAACGAGAGGUCUAGCGAUAAGGCGUGGAACUCGGCGGAAAGCGGAGCCCGUUCCUCGCCUAUCAUUUCGGAGUGCGGCCUGGGUGAUUGGGACAAGGAGGAUCCUUCCUCGGAUGCUGCAGAUAAGGCACUGGUGCCCUACGAGGAAUUGUGCAAUGAGCGAAGCAGCUCGGACACCACAAUCACCAGCCGGAGCCUCGCCUCGUCGGGAAUCUCGCUCAGCAUACCUGUUCACUUGGUGUGGAACAACAAAGACUACAAUCAGGAGAGCACGGACAGUGAAACAACACUUGUAGCGGACGGGCGCAGAUACAGUAUUAAAAAUUAAGCCACGGUCAUCCAUAGUAUUUUUCAAAAUUCUAGUAAGAGAAUUGAAGUUUCAUACAUAUUUAAUAAAUGUUGAAUAACAUUUUUAA